GACAUGCACGUAAAACAAACACCGACAAUUGGAAUACGCAGUCGUCCAGGAAAAUUAUCCAAGCAUUGAACUCCUGGCCAUGGAACAAACUAACAGUAGAUAUAUUGUUAUUACAAGUAAACACCAUGACGGUUAUUCCAUGUGGCCUUCCAAAUAUUCCGUUGGUUGGAACUCGAUGGCACUAGGUCCAAGAAGGGAUAUUAUAGGUGAACUUGGCACAGCCAUCAAAAACAAGACAUCUCUACAUUAUGGAAUUUACUAUUCGCUAUCUGAAUGGUUCAACCCCCUGUUUCUUGACGAUAAAGCUAAUAAUUUUACUACCCAAGAAUAUGUUAACACGAAGACUCUACCACAACUAUAUGAAUUGGUAAAGAGUUACAAACCGGAUGUACUAUGGGUUGAUGUAUUGGAUAAAGCGCUAGGGUCAUAUUGGAAAGCCCAGGAGUUUCUUGCAUGGUUGUACAAUGAUAGUCCAGUCAAAGAUUCUGUUGUAACCAAUGAUAGAUGGGGUUAUGACACCUGGUGCAAUCAUGGUGGAGUUAUGACAUGCCAUGAUAGAUUUUUGCCAGAUCAAUUACAAAAGAAGAAAUGGGAAAAUGUUAUGACAAUUGAUAAAAGUUCUUUUGGAUUCAGACGAAAUGCAAAACUUAACAGUUUUCUUUCGUCCCAAGACCUCAUAAACACUUUCGUACAAACAGUCAGCCUUGGAGGUAAUAUGUUAAUGAACGUUGGUCCGACCGAGGAAGGAACCAUCCAUCCUAUUUACGAAGAAAGGCUACGAGAUAUUGGCAAUUGGUUGUCUGUUAAUAACGAAGCUAUUAAAAGUUCUAGACCAUGGUCAACUCAAAAUGAUAAAUUAUCUCCAACUGUUUGGUACACGAAGAAACAAAACGUUAUUUAUGCCAUAAUAUUGGGAUUUGAGAGUGGUGUUACCCUAAGUUUAAGUGCACCAAAGUCAGAUCAUGAUACACAGGUACACAUACUUGGGUAUAAUGGACCACAGCUCGCCUGGCUUCCGCGUUUAGAUGGAGGCAUGGACAUAACAAUUCCAGCAAUACCAUACAAUAAAUUACCUUCUAACUUUGCAGUGACAUUUAAACUGACAGGUCUCGCAAACCAUUUUGAUUCUGGAUCACAUAUUAUCGGCAAACGAACUUUACACUAAUAUUGUAAUGAAACAGUUAAAAGAAAAUAAAGAAAAUUUGAAAAUUUGA